CACAAAUCCACCCCCCUCGUCUCUUUCCAGACCUCCAGCCAUGGCAGACCCCUACAGCAAUUUCUUCAAAGGAUACUACAAUUACUACCCUUACUCCUCCAGCCCUGCACCCCCUCCAAUCGGCAUCCCCACCUACAACUUCUACAACACGCAUAGCUGCAGCAACCCCAACCCCACCCUCCCAACCCCGCCCCCCUCCCCUCCCCUAAGAGAGGCCCUCCCUCUCCUCAGCCUCAGCCCAACAAAGCCCCCAGAGGAGGAGGACACCUCUUGCAGUGAAGCCAAGAACAAAACCAUGAGCAUUGAUGACGAAGGUGAUGAUGGUGAUAACGAGGCUGUGACAGUGGCCCUCCGCAUAGGCCUCCCAAACCCUGGUGCAGCUGAUCUCAUCUCCACAGUGUCCUCCACCCCAGAGGACAGUGGAGAUCACAAAGAAGCAGAAGGUGGUGAUGAUGUGGCUCCUCUAUGCUACCCUAUAGGAAGGCUCAACAAGGGCCAGUAUUGGAUCCCCACCCCUUCUCAGAUCCUUAUCGGUCCCACCCAGUUCUCCUGCCCUGUGUGCUUGAAGACCUUCAACAGAUACAACAACAUGCAGAUGCAUAUGUGGGGGCAUGGAUCACAAUAUAGGAAGGGUCCGGAAUCUUUGAGGGGCAUCCAACCGACUGCAAUGCUGAGGCUCCCAUGUUACUGCUGUGCACCGGGUUGCCGGAACAACAUAGACCAUCCAAGAUCAAAGCCACUGAAGGAUUUCAGGACCCUCCAGACCCACUAUAAGAGGAAGCAUGGGAUCAAGCCCUUCAUGUGCCGGAAGUGCGGCAAGGCCUUUGCAGUGAGGGGAGACUGGAGGACGCAUGAGAAGAACUGUGGCAAGCUCUGGUACUGCAUCUGUGGAUCCGACUUCAAGCACAAGAGGUCGCUGAAGGACCACAUCAAGGCCUUCGGGCAUGGGCAUGCGGCAUAUGGAAUCGAUUGCUUUGAGGAGGACGAUGAGCCAUCAUCGGAGAUUGAACAAGACGGUGAUCCAUCGCGAUGAGUGGAGGGCAGUAUGGAAGAAGUGAGUAUGGAGUUGGGUAUAUGGCCUAAUAGAUUUUGGGUGGUGAAUUGUUCUCUGUCAAAUGUGACAAGCUCUCCUAGUAUCCAGUUGAUCUAGUUAAUUAGGGGUGCUCUUUGUUCCCCUUGUUCUGGUUUUAGUAUCAGAUGAAUAUAAAAAGCAUUGUAGGCCGAUGGCUUGUAAAUGGAGUUGCAUUAGUUUAUCUUUCUUUCAACUUGGUUCAUGCAAGUUCUAAUGUACUAAUUUGUUAGAUGAAAUAGAGAGCAUAGAAUUGAGUUA